UCUUCAUCCCUUUUUAUUCUUUCACAAUUUUAUCAAUAAAUACUUUUACAAUCUUACAGAUUGAGGGAGACACGGUUCAGAUUCGCGGUUUGCCUCCCAAACCCGUAUUCUGUGCAGGUUUUGGAAACUCUACUGAAAUAUUGAGCUUGUUUUUAUUUAUCCCAUUUUUUUUGUCAAAAGAAAUUGUUUGACACACUUGUUGUAUCCCACAAUUCCUAGCCACCUCCUCUGCUGUCAAAAUGGGGAAACGGCGGAAGCAAAGGAAAGCAGCAGUUGAUAGGGACGUUAUCAGCAGGCUGCCGGAUGAAAUCCUGUGCCACAUCCUCUCAUUCCUUCCAACCAGAACGUCCAUGGCCACCAGCGUGCUCUCUCGCAGGUGGCGCUACCUCUGGGAGAAAGUCCAAGUGUUGGACCUCAACGAUGAUUUCCUUUACACCCAUGACCGUUCAGAUGAGGAAGCAGAAGAGUGCUUUAUUAAUUUUCUCGAAAAGGUUGUGUCGGGUUUCAACCCUCUCAGUAAGGUCCGACUCUCUUGCCGGGCGGAUGCCUAUGGGUAUAGAAGACUUUUUGAGUGGAUUGGUUCUGUCAGUGACAGAGUUCGGGAACUGUAUUUUUCUACGAGGACCGAUAGGAUGACUUACACCUUGCCUUUUGAGUAUAUCUAUAGCACUUCGCUCGUGUCGCUCGUUUUGGACGGUAAUAUUAAUAUUAUUUUUGACGAUGUGAAUCUGGAUGGUAAGAUGUUUUUGCCAUCCCUCAAGAAUCUAGAGCUGCAUAUCGACUAUCUGAACAUCGAUGUCUUUCUUUCUGGCUGCCCGGCUCUUGAAACUCUUCGGGUCACUUUAAUUAAGUUCACGACUCGUGAGGCUGAUUUCGAUCUUGAAGCAAUUCACAUGCCUCGUACCUUGAAGAGUUUAACCUUUGAGGAGCGAUAUCACUAUUCCGAAGUUGUGACACUUGAGCGUCUUCAGUUAGACACUCCAUCUCUUGAAUACCUACAUCUCGCAUUACGCUGUGAUUACAAACGGAUUUUGGUUUGUGAUUAUACCAACAUCAAGAAAGCGUGUCUAGACAUUUGGCCUAAGCCUAGGAAUGUUACUUGGGUUCCUAAGCUCCUCGGGGCACUUUGCAAAACAAAAUUCUUGUGGCUGAAAGUUUCAACAAUCCAGUGCUUGCUUCCUGCACCAGUUCUAGACAUUUCCGAUUUUUGCAAUUUGAUUCAGCUGCAACUUGAUUUUGAAGAUUUCAAGGCUAAACUUCUAAUAGACUUGCUUCACCAUUGUCCUAAGCUUCAAGCCCUAAAAAUUUAUGUAUUGGGGUCCUAUGAUGGUGAAGAUAAUUUUUACUUCUAUUACUUAAAUCCCCAUAAACACAAUGGUUGGAGACAGCCACGUAGCGUUCCUAAGUGUAUUGUAUCACACUUGAACACAGUUGAAUAUCGAGGAUAUCAGAACACUCGAGAGGAGCAUGAAUUUACUGCAUAUAUUUUACAAAGAGGACUUGUUUUAAAGUCAAUGAGAAUUCAUGCUAAAUAUUAUUGCCCCGGCCACUUAAAAUGGGAAAUUUCCCAGGCAUUAUCUGAAAUACAAAUGGGUUCUAGUAUGUGCCGAGUUGAAAUAGACUAACUGAUCAGGUGUGUGGUUGAUGGCAACUAUGCACCAGCUCUGGCGAUACCAAAUCUUUGACUUGCUGAUCUGUUAUGUCACAGAGAGGUUAUAGAAUUUGUUUGAUACCUAGUUGCUGGGGCUGCAUUAGAACAGCAUAUUCCGUUAUAGAAGUUAUGAUAUCUGCCACAUAAUAUUGUAUUCCUUCGAUGCAUGAUGCUCUUUCAACCUUUUCUUGUUUUUUUCCAUUUACUCUUAAGGUUGCAUACUUCUAAAAGAUGUAUAUUAGGCGUCAUGAUUUGAUAAAUGAGUUUCCUGACUACAACUGAUUUUAUGUAACUCUUGAAGGAAGAAUUACGUUACACAAUAUAGCAGCCUAGGUUAGGCAGUUGCCAUUUCUGUUUCUUUA